AUUUGUGUGUGCGUUAAACUAUAUAAUAAAUAUAUGCAUAGUUAACAUUGAGUGUUUUGAUGGAUGAAAAAGAUGUUAGUGGAUUUAUCAACAGGGAAGAAUUUGAGAAUCUUGCAACAGCAUUAUUAGAGAGAAUUUGUAUUCCUUGCAACAAAGCGUUGGUUGACGCGAGCUUGACUGUUGAUAAGAUGUAUUCUGUUGAGUUAAUUGGUACAGGUUCAAGAAUUCCAGCUAUAGCUAGAUUAUUAACUUCUGUAUUUAAGAGAGAACUCAGCCGAACGUUGAAUGCAAGUGUGUGCGUAGCUCGUGGUUGCGCUCUGCAAUGUGCAAUGUUGAGUCCUGUUUUCUACGUCAAAGAAUAUGAGGUCCAGGAUUCUAUUCCUUUUUUAUUGGACUUUGCUCGGACGAAUGUCCUUUCUGUUUAAAAUCAAAUGGCGUACUUUUCCCAAAAGGCCAACCGAUUCCAAGUUAUAAAACACUUACGUUUCACGGCAGUAAUUUUCUUCAUUUUGAAGCAUUCUAUGCUAAUCCAGAUGAAGUACCAAAGGGGACAUCUCCUAAAAUUAGUUGCUUCACGGUAAGUUUUCUAUAGAACUUGUGAAGUAUUCUGCAUGCCUACACACUGUCAUAGUAUCAUAUAUGCUUAUGCAUUUGCAUUUGUUUGCCACUUCUAUUCAAAUUGGUCCUUUGAAUGGAUCCCAUGGAAGUAAGAUGAGAGUUGCAGUUAAAUAUAUAUGUAUAUGAAAACUAAAAUUAAGUUUAAUUUUAAACUAAAUAAAUAAACUAAAAUAAUAAUUAAACUCAAAUCCAUUUUGUUUAUAAUAAUUAAAUUAAAUGUUGGUUCUAAAUGUCAGCUUCAUUUACUACUCUUAUGUUGUUGUCUAUCUCAGAUAUAAUAUAUUACCUCAUGCUGAGGUCAGUUUACAUUUUUACUUUUCAAUAUUAUAUAUCUAGCCAUGAUGCAUUGAGGCUUCUAAUCAUCCAAACUAUUUUGUUUUACUAGAAAAUAUGUUAUAAUCAUCCAUAUUAAUUUGUUACACUCAAUGUUGUUGUUGUUUAGAUACUUAUUAUAUAUACACAUGUUGAUAGAAUGAUGCAUUUGACCCUAAGAACAAGCACAAGGGAAAACUUGUUGCAAUCAAAGGAUGUUAAUUAAUUGUUCAUUGUUGUUUACCUUUCAAUUGUUGACUGUAGCGUCGGCCUUCCUGAACGCUAAAUUAUUAAUAAAGUUGAUUUUUAUUUAAUGUCUACUUUUAUUAGUUGACUGUAGCGUCGGCCUAUCCGACGCAAUAAUUUUUUCAAACUAGUUUAUUUUGUUGGAAGCGUCGGCUUAGAGUAAAUAUGGCCGACGCUAAAAUAGCAUCGGAUGGUAUUUGGCCGACACUAUGAAUUAACUUCGUCCGUUUUAUCCUAAGCCCGACAUUGACGCUAAAUCAACGUUAGCGUCGGCUUUUGGUCUAUUAGCGUCGGGGGGAGGGAGGGAUGAAGAGGACAUAAGUCAUUCAAAGCUUAUGAGGUCAUAUGUCAAGGGCCAAGUCCAAUGUGCUUUAGUUCAAUUCAUGAUCAAUUCUAUGGAAGAAAGGGACCAAGAUAAACGAAAUGAGCCAAAGUUUGUAUUUUUCGUCCAAGCGAGUGUUGAGGGUGUGAACCAUCGGUUUGCCACUCCAUUUUGAUGCUCUAUUUUAAUUAAGUUAUAAUAAAUAAAUUAAAAAUGUAAGGGACCAAUUUGUACAAAUUAGACCAAAGACACUUAGUAGUUUACUUUUUUUUUUUGUUUUUCUUUCUUUCUGUUUUGUGUGUUUAAUGCAUUUUAAAGUUUCUAAAGCUUUAAAAAUAAUGUGAUGAAGCAAAUGGAGAGCAAAGCCAUUAAAAGCAUUCAAAUAGAAGGAGAAAAUGGUACAAACAUUAAAGAAUUAGGAAGUGACGCCUACAUCAACAAAAUGGUCAAUUAAUUGUCAUUCAUUAAAUCUUAUUUAUGAAGAAACAAAAGUGUAACCACCCAAAACAAUCAUGGCAACUGUCCUAACAUCAUUGCAGUUGUCCAUCUUUACUUUCUUUCAAUUCGUAACAAUUUGUCAGUUAUUUCAACUAUAGGCAUUGGUGUUAGAUUAAUUGGCUCAAGUCCUAGCACUUAAAGAGUUUUCUUUUCCAUUCCUUUGUUCAUAACAUCAUUAGACCCUCUAGAUUAUAUAUAGGGGCACAACAUAUGAAUAAAGUAGAAGCAUUUUGAUAACAAAACUCACUUUGUGUGAAUUUGCGAGCAUUCUCUUUUGAGUUCUGGAUUGAACUAACCUCUAAUCUUAUCAAGAAACUUUCUUGUGCAAUCUUCUCUUGGCUUAUCAUCCUUUAUAAUCAAUAGAAAGAGUAUGACAUCUCAUUUCUCAUCUUUUCCAUCAAUUUAUUUCAUUUAUGUGUAAUCUUAUAACCAAGGAUUUUGUGAGUUUCAAAGAAAUGGGUAAGUUUUCAAAUAGUUGGCCAUCAAGAUUUCUUGGAAGUGGAUUAAAGCAAAGGACACAAGUUUCGUGUAUGACUCUAGUUGCGUUUUAUCCUUUUAGUGAGUUUUGUCUUGGUGUUUCGAUUUUGGGUGUGAUUAUUUUUGUAACGUAAAUUUGACAUUUUUAACA